CUCACUCUAUUAUGCAUAUGAAUGAAACAGCAGAGAAAGGACUAAGGAUUUCAUGUUUGCAAGGACUACCGAGCUUCUAUAGUUUAUUAAGGGUUCGAGUAACAAGAAGCUUCUGGAAUUCACCAACGAGCUUAGCGACACGGGAUUCCACUCCGUUUCUAAUUUCAUUCAGAUACUCCAGUCUCCAUUCUUCAUUGUCCAGUGAGUGAAGAAAGCACACCAACUAUUCGACGUUUUGCUUCUGUGGCCAUUUUUCACAUUUUGGGCUGCAAAAAAGGCUAAAAGGAUACUACUGCAAUAAGCUGUGUCUCAGUUUUCUCUGUUUCGGCAAUGUCAACUUUGUAUGGUACUCUGAGGAUCAGAAGAAACAUACUCCAACUUGCUCCUCGUAUACGUGCCUUUUCUUCUCAAACCAAAACCAACGACACAAUAAAACAGUUACUUUACCAAUGCAACAAAAAGAUUUCCCAUUUGAUUCGAACUGGUAGAUUAACCGAAGCGAGGUCAUUCUUCGAUUCCAUUACUAACCGAAACACAGUUACAUGGAAUUCCAUGAUCACUGGUUAUGUUCAACGGAGAGAGAUUUCAAAAGCACGCCAACUGUUUGAUGAAAUGCCCGACAAGGAUAUUGUGUCUUGGAACCUCAUCAUUUCGGGUUACUUUUCCUGCCGUGGAAGCAGGUUUGUAGAAGAAGGUAGAAAGCUGUUUGAUCAAAUGCCCCAAAGGGAUUGUGUCUCUUGGAACACUGUCAUCAGCGGCUACGCCAAGAAUGGAAGGAUGGAUCAAGCUCUUGAGAUUUUUAAUUCUAUGCCGCAACGGAAUGUUGUGUCAUCCAAUGCUUUGAUAAAUGGGUUCUUGUUGAAUGGUGACGUGGAUUCUGCUGUUGGAUUUUUUAGGACUAUGCCAGAGAGGGAUUCGGCUUCGCUUAGUGGUCUUAUAUCUGGACUUGUUAGGAAUGGUGAGUUGAAUAUGGCUGCUUGGAUUUUGAUUGAGUAUGGGAAUGAGGGUAAUGAGAAAGAUGAUUUGGUGUAUGCUUAUAAUACUUUGAUUGCAGGGUAUGGUCAGAAAGGUAUGGUUGAAGAGGCGCGGUGCCUUUUUGACGGGGUCAUGAGUGAUGGAAAUGAGGGUCGAGGGAGAUUUAGGAGAAAUGUCGUAUCAUGGAAUUCGAUGAUGAUGUGUUAUGUGAAAGCAGGAGAUGUUGUCUCUGCCAGGGAACUCUUUGAUAGGAUGAUGGAGCGGGAUGUUUGUUCCUGGAACACCAUGAUCAGUGGCUAUGUUCAAAUAUGUAAUAUGGAAGAGGCUUCAAAGCUUUUCUCAGAAAUGACGAGUCCUGAUGAACUUUCAUGGAAUUCAAUAAUAUCUGGGUUUGCGCAGAUUGGUGAUUUGAAACGUGCUAAAGAGUUCUUUGAGAGGAUGCCCCGCAGAAACCUGAUCUCGUGGAACUCGCUAAUAGCUGGCUACGAGAAAAACGAAGACCAUAAGGGUGCUAUUGAGCUAUUUUCUCGGAUGCAGCUUGAGGGUGAGAGGCCAGAUAAACACACUUUGUCUUCAGUUCUCAGUGUGUGUACUGGAUUGGUGGAUCUUUACCUUGGUAAGCAGAUACAUCAGCUUGUCACUAAGACUGUUAUUCCUGAUUUGCCGAUAAAUAAUUCUCUCAUUACCAUGUACUCGAGAUGUGGGGCAAUUGGUGAUGCACGCGCAGUGUUUAAUGAGAUGAAACUUUGUAAAGAUGUGAUAACUUGGAAUGCAAUGAUUGGAGGUUAUGCAUUUCAUGGCUUUGCUGCAGUGGCUCUCGAGCUUUUUGAACGGAUGAAGAGGCUUAAAAUUAAACCUACCUAUAUAACCUUUAUUUCGGUUUUGAACGCGUGUGCUCAUGCAGGAUUAGUUGAAGAAGGGAGGAGGCAAUUCAAUUCCAUGAUUAAUGACUAUGGCAUUGAACCUCGGGUUGAACACUUUGCCUCCCUUGUGGACAUCCUGGGACGGCAGGGUCAACUUCAAGAGGCUAUGAAUUUGAUCAAUAGCAUGCCAGCUAAACCCGAUAAGGCUGUCUGGGGUGCACUACUAGGGGGUUGUAGAGUGCAUAAUAAUGUAGAAUUGGCCCAAGUAGCUGCCAAAGCUUUGAUCGGUCUUGAACCAGAAAGUUCAGCUCCUUAUGUGUUGUUAUAUAAUAUGUAUGCUGAUUUAGGACAAUGGGAUGAUGCCGAUAGAGUGAGAAUGUUGAUGGAAGAAAAAAACAUCAAGAAGCAUGCAGGGUAUAGUUGGUAGAUUCUACCAAUCGACAAUGAUAAGUUUCCAUUUUAGAAAGACUUCAAUCA